UUCCCCCUAGCUGAUCAUUGCCUGGCCAGCCUUCAACAGUGAUUCCUAGGGCGAACGCUUUCCGCUGGGAAGCUUAUAUCCAUGGCGUCUGCCAUCUCUCCGUGCCUUCUCGCAGGCCGAUCUCUAGUAUCAACGCAUCGUGUUCGUUAUGGCACUCCGCUGUCGGUGCCUAGAGACUUGCGUUUCACGGAGCAACGCAGGUUUGCAGACUUCUCCGUGCACGCGAAAAAGAAGAAGGUCGCCGAAGCUCCAGUAGUAGAGGAGGUGGUGGAAGAAGAGUUAGUCGAAGAGGAAAUUCCCGAGGAGGAAGCGGAGCCGUCGUGGGUGUCUGAGCGGGUGACCGAUGUCCAGCAGACAGUCCAGUCAGUAAUGCAGGCCGUUCCGGGACCACGUGUAGGCGAAUCGAAUAUGCCAUGGCUUGUCGCCUUGCCACUGGGAUACAUGGCUCUGACUUUCGUUCUGGCAGUGUAUAAAACCGUGAAAAUGCGAAGCUCUCCCAAGGCGAAGCGCAGACGACAGAUCGGGAAGAAUGCUGGCCUUAAUCAGACCAUCGACGAAUUCUUGCCGGAUAAUAAAGCAGCUCUGACUUCGAAGGAGCUCAAGUCGCUCGAGAAGAAGUUCAACUUCAGCUCAGAUGAAAUUCUUCGCAAGUACAUUCGCUACAUCAUCAACGAAAAGCCCUUCACCCCGGAGACGGUAUCCGGCCUGAUUCACCUUCGGCGAGUGUCUGGCCUCGAUGACCUUGAGAUUGCCGAGGUGCUCAACGAGAUCUCUCGGAGAAUCGUUAAAGCCAAAGGUCCUGUUGUGAUGGACACAACUGGUUUCACUGAGAAGGGAGUGCAGAGGAAGGCAGCAGUGCAAGGAAUCUUCACGAAGCUCCUCUAUUUGUCUGAGCUGGAUGACUUCUGUGGGCCAUCUGGGCGCGAGAAGCUUGAAAUCAAAAGCAUUUUUGGAGUCACGGAUGAGGAUGCUGCAUCAAUCAGGAUUGUGAGCUUGUCUUCAUCAGCAGACCUGGAUGCGCUGGACAAAUCAUUAGAUGCUGGCGACUCAUCUGAUUCGGAAGCAGAUGAGCCAUGAACAUUGACCUGCAACCUAAUAUACUGGAACACUUUAGGUCGUGCAGUUGCGGUUUAGGUUGCCACGUUGCGGACCUAGGCACCAGUAGAUGGAUAGCUAUUUGCACGUACGGUAGGUUGCAGUCAGAACUGUUUCGAUACGUUAAUGCAGAAGAGUCUUAGUCCAUUCAGUUAUUAACCAAAAGUGCAAGAUACUCAAAUUGUAA